UCCGUAUUUCCAAUCUCCCUUUCAGCGUCUAAGAGGCAAUCAUCACCAGCGUGGGCUCGCAUCUCAGCACGCAGCCUCCAUCUGGUCCCAACCGCCGAAACACGGGCUCUCCAGGCAUCGCUGGGGCUGCUCCGUCUCCAUCAGCAUCGAUCAAUUCCGGCGACAAUCCAUUCCCGCGAAUGGAUCGAUUUAUCUAGAUUUGAUAUCCCCAUCAUCGCGUUAUCUACCAACUAGCUGCGCCCCGAAUCUGCGCCCACUUUGCACAUACUUCUUCGUCCUCCAGCGCCUUGACGGCUGCUUUGCAUUUAGCCCACCAUGCGGCUGACAUCUCUUACUCUGCUCUCUGGCCUUGCUGCCUUUGGGCUGUUUGGAUCCUCUGUCGCCGCCGACGAUGAUUCAACGGCCCCGAAAGAGACCUACUUCGACUCUCUCCCAGUGCCUCCCUUGAUGGAGCUGACCCCCAAAAACUUUGAAGAGGUAGCGAACAAAACGAAAUGGCUAUUUGUGAAGCACUAUAGCCCCUUUUGCCACCAUUGCAUUGCGUAUGCCCCGAUUUUCCAAACCGCAUACGAAUUCUACUAUACAUCUAAGCCGGAAGGGGCUGGCGAGACGGACUUCACCAAGUUCUAUGACUUCAAAUUCGCUUCUAUCAACUGCAUUGCUUUUAGCGACCUUUGUGUUCAACAUGACAUCAAAUUAUACCCCACCACAAUUCUCUAUGAAGAGGGCAAGGUGGUCCGAAGCGAGACGGGUGGCCAGAAUAUUACCUUCCUCUCUAGCAUUAUUGAAGAAACUUUGGAGAAGUCGAAGCCUGGUAGCCGACCGAAAACUCUCGAUCUGCCCAAACCAGGGGAUAAGAAGCGCCCAGCCGUCGAUCCGAAACGAGCGAAAGAGGUUGAGGCUGGCAAGGUACCCAAGAAACCAGUUGCCACGCCAAAUGAAGAGGGAACGUCGGUACCCUUGACGGCUGAGAACUUCCAGCGUCUGGUGACAAUGACCCAAGACCCCUGGUUCAUCAAGUUUUAUGCUCCUUGGUGCCCUCACUGUCAAGACAUGGCGCCUACCUGGGAACAGCUAGCUAAGACUAUGAAGGGUAAGCUGAAUAUCGGAGAAGUCAACUGUGACAAGGAGACGCGUUUGUGCAAGGAUGUCGGUGCCCGAGCAUACCCCACGAUUCUCUUUUUCAAGGGUGGUGAGCGUUCUGAGUAUGAGGGGCUUCGAGGCUUGGGUGACUUCAUUCAGUAUGCUGAAAAGGCCGUCGAUCUCGCCAGCGGUGUUCCUGAUGUCGACCUUGCGUCAUUCAAAGCCAUGGAGCAGAAAGAGGAUGUCAUCUUUGUCUACUUUUAUGAUCAUGCCACCACCUCCGAAGACUUCCAGGCCAUUGAGAGGCUGCCUCUCAGCCUCAUCGGGCAUGCCAAGCUUGUCAAGACCAAAGACCCCGCCAUGUAUGAUCGCUUCAAGAUCACCACCUGGCCACGGUUUAUGGUUUCGAGAGAAGGGCGCCCCACCUACUACCCCCCUCUCACACCCAACGCUAUGAGAGAUACAAAUCAAGUGUUGGACUGGAUGAGAUCGGUCUGGCUUCCUCUUGUCCCUGAACUGUUGGUGACAAACGCGCGCCAGAUAAUGGAUCACAAGAUUGUUGUGCUGGGUGUCUUGAACCGGGACGACCAGGAAUCAUUCCAGGGCGCCCUUCGAGAGAUGAAGAGUGCGGCAAACGAAUGGAUGGAUAGACAGAUCCAAGAAUUCCAACUGGAGAGGAAGAAGUUGCGAGAUGCCAAGCAAAUGAGAAUCGAAGAAGCUGAAGAUCGAGACGACCAGCGCGCCCUGCGAGCUGCCAAGGCCAUCCAUGUUGAUAUGAACAACUCUGGGCGGAGGGAAGUUGCUUUUGCCUGGGUUGACGGUGUUGCCUGGCAGCGCUGGAUUCGCACCACCUAUGGCAUUGACGUCAAAGAUGGAGAAAGAAUCAUUAUUAAUGACCAAGAUAACCGAAAGUACUGGGACAAUACCGUGACUGGCAACUACAUUCUUGUCAGCCGCACAUCUAUCCUCGAGACCCUCGACAAGGUCGUUUACACCCCACAGGCCCUGAAGCCUAAGCUUACCAUUUCUCCGUUUGAAAAGGUCUUCUUUGAUAUUCGCCUCUCUUUCACUGACCACCCCUAUCUGUCACUUGGCUGCGUUGUUGGCAUUGCCUUUGGUAUCUUCUCCUGGCUGCGUGGCCGCUCUCGUCGUGGCCGUGGCCACUUCCGGCUGGAGGAUUCUAUCAGCAUUAGGGACUUCAAGGAGGGGUUCCUUGGUGGUUCUAACGGCAACACCAAGGCUGACUGAGCGUAUACUGUGAAAAUAUUAGGCCAAAAUUAAUUUUCUCUAAUUCGGAGUUUUUUCCUGGUGGGAGGGGUAAAUGGGUUCGGCUAAGGGAUCAAAGAGGAGGGCGCGUGCGCAUGGAGCUUUUGAGGAAUCUUUGACAGAGGAUCCCGAGGAAAGCUAUGCCAGCCAUUUAAUGGAUGAAAUUAUUAAAGCGGAACUCAUAACCUUGGCGGGGUGAAAUGUAGUCGACGACUGGCUCAAGACUCUGGUAGUAGACCAAAAGCCCUGUCGCAACUCAUUUGGCCUCUUCUGUAAUAGAGUCCGGCAAGCUAUAUGGGGGGGGNGGG